AUGUCGCCAGCCUUUGGUCCAUACUCAGGGUUUCUUACGCCGCCCUCGCCUUACAGCGGUAUUGAGGAACGAAGAGGCUCGAUUGUAUCGUUAUCCGCCUCCGACUACUCGGUACCAACGCCCACAACGGAACGGAGUACUUUCUCGGAGGCAAGUUGGCAGCAUGUGAACCCGUUCAGCAAUUUCCAAACGCAGUCGAUGUCUGGUUUACGCCAUGCUCUCCCACUGGGAACUGUAGGAAUACCAAUGAAAGCGACAACCACAGAUUCCUUCUGCAACGACUGGUCUUUACCACAUACCAACAGCAUCGAACAUGGGAUGCCUCUUCGAAUGAGUGACACACUGGCAUCUGGCACAGGCUAUCUGCCCUCUCAGUUGAACUCGUUCGUUGAGUCAGACAACCUUACCCAAUCGUCUGCUGGCUCAAACUGGAGUUUUUCCACCGCCACCGAGCACUCAGAUCUCGACUUCGGGCUGGCUGGGCAGCAGUCGUUCUGGCAACCACAGGUUCAAAAUACUCAUGCCAUGGUUGGUCAGACUAUGGCUCCAGCCGAUGCGCUAGUCGGCGACGAUGAGUACGACUUUGUCGACGAUGGUAACUCUAGCUCCUUGAUGGAAACAGAAGGGUUCGACAAUGCACCCAUGACUUUCGAAGCAUCACCACAUGAUAAUGCUCCAAUGACGCUUCCUCCUUCGCCACAAGAGGUCUACUGUCACUUAGACUCUGAUGGCGUCCAAGUCAAGCAGGAGGUCGAGGGAUCUGAAGCCGAAGAAAAGUUCACACGGUCAAUCCAUAUCUCGCCCAAGGGCGGAAAGACUGUCAAAAAAGAACGACAGCGUCUGAACGGUGUCUCCAAAAGGAGAAGUUCGAAAUCCAAAUCCCAGCUUGUGUUCAGGCGUUCGCAUGAUGGUCGUAUCGACGUUGAGGGUUACGAAGUGAAUCCGCUCACUGGUAAGCGCGAGCCGAUUGAUGGUCCCACAGUCGAAUGGAAGUAUUGCGACUGGAGAGACUGCACGAGCAGAUUCAAGAGACCAGAGCACCUCAAACGGCAUCAGAGGAUUCACUUAGGCGUCAAAGAGCAUGAGUGCCGAGUCGAGGGCUGCCCCAAAGUCUUCGAUCGUCGCGACAACUACUGGCAGCACGGAACAACACAUAUCCGCAUCCCUGGCAAGAAGGAUGGUCGCAAUCCAAGACUACCCUUCUCAGAGAUGAUCAAGUAUGCUGAUGAUGCAAAACACAUUGAGUUCCUCGAGAAGGCGUAUAGAAAAGCAGUUGGAGAUGACUGUUCCUUGGAAAGCGAUGAGGAUAGCGCAAAGGUCAGCCGUAACGAGCGCAAGAUUCGCUGUCGUCUCUGA